AUUAUUGUUAGAUAACCAAAUACCUUGGUUUGUGCUUGAGCUCUUGUUUGACAAGACCAAUGAGUACCUUCCAUGCAUGAAUUUGACUUUGGUUGAGCUGGCCAGAAAAUUCUUUAGACAUGUUGUUUCUUAUUAUGAACCUCCUCAAGAAUUGGAAAAGCUUCUAUCAAGGUACAAUUCAGGAAUUAUACACCUGGUUGAUUUUCUAUGGCGUUUCUGGGAUGUCUCAUCAGAAAGGGGAGGAAUAGACUUUGAGUUGUUGGAUUAUGUGACCCUUGUUCCAUCUGUCACCAGACUUAAAGAGGUGGGAGUCAAAUUUCAAAAAGCCGAGUCAAGAAACAUCUUGAAUGUAAAAUUUAACAAGGGUGUCCUCAAAAUCCCACCUUUGCUGAUUACUCCAUCGACAGAAACCAUCUUCAGGAACCUCAUCAUCUUUGAGCAAUGUAGCCUUCUUUGCACGCCAAGGGUGACAAGUUACGCCAUACUCUUAGAUUGCCUGGUCGACACCUCAGAUGAUGUGCAUUUAAUGACCAGAGAAGGAAUUCUUGAUAACAGAUUAAACCCUGAGGAAACGGCUAAUUUCUUGAAAAGAGUCCGUGAUAACACUUUUACACAAGAGCUCUUUUAUGAACGACUUCGCAAAGAUGUCAACGAAUAUUGCGAGAAGAGAUGGCCGAGAUGGCGAGCUUCUUUGAUCCAUAACUAUUUUACUAAGCCAUGGGCUAUCGUUUCUCUCUGGGGUCUUCGGGAAAGCCUUCGACCAUGCAAAGCUCUUGGGUUAACCCGUGUGGUUGUUGAAAUGGACUCAUUGAUGGUUGUUCAUUUCAUACAUGAAAAUCGAGAACCGGACAAUUUGGCUGCGACUAUUCUAUUAGACACUAAGGCUUUGAUGCUGGAGUUUGAAGAUUGCAGGUUGGAACAUAUUCUGCUUGAAGGUAAUGCUGCAGCUAGCCCUGGGCAUUUGAAACCAGAACCGACGGAUUACUUGAAAACCAAAUCAAAAAAAUGAAUUUGGUUCGAUUUAAAUGGUUUUUGAUUUUUAUUGUUUUAGUUUUUAUAUUAAUCAAAUAAUUUCGGUUUG